AUGCCCAGGAGAACAUACAUUACCCAGGAAGAGAAGAAAAUGCCAGGACACAAGCCUAUGAAGGAUAGGCUAACCUUAUUGUUCUGUGCCAAUGCGAGUGGUGACCUCAAGGUAAAGCCUCUCUUGGUUUAUCACUCUGAGACCCCUAGAGUGUUCAGAAAGCAUACAGUCAUGAAGAAUAGGCUAGGGGUCAUGUGGAGAUCUAAUGCAAAAGCCUGGGUAACAAGAGUACUUUUUCUUGAGUGGAUCAGGGAGGUUUUCUGUCCUACUGUUAAGAAAUAUCUAGAGGACAAAGGCUUACCACUCAAGGCUCUCCUCAUCAUGGACAAUGCUCCUGCUCACCCAAGAGACUUGGAAGAAGAGUUGGCUGAAGAAUUCCCAUGGCUUACAGUAGAUUUCCUCCCACCUAAUACAACUCCUCUACUGCAGCCUAUGGACCAGCAGGUUAUAGCUAACUUUAAGAAGCUAUACACCAAGGAACUGUUCCAGAAGUGCUUCCAGAUGGUCUCAGAUACAGAUUUAACUCUUACAGAGUUCUGGAAGAAACAUUACAACAUCCUUUCCUGUGUGGGGUUAAUAGAGAAAUCCUGGGCCAAUGUCUCUCUAAGGACACUAAGAUCUGCCUGGAAGAAAGUGUGGCCUAAAAUUAUAGAGGAGAGAGAUUUUGAAGGCUUUGUAGAGGAGCCUGAGCCUACAACUGACCCUGUGGUUGAUGACAUUGUCACUAUAGCCGAGUCCAUAGGCUUGCAGGUAGACAGUGCUGAUGUUGAGGAACUGGUGGAGGAACUCUCAGAGGAAUUGUCUACAGAGAAACUUCAGCAACUUCUGGCUGAGCAACAGAGGAUGCAAGCUGAGGAGCUUUCUGAAGAGGGGAAGGAUCAACAAUCAGUGCAGCAAAUUUCCUCUUCUGAAAUAAAGGACAUCCUGAAAAAAUGGACAGAGCUACAAACAUUUGUAGAGAAGACCCACCCAGACAGAGAAAAAGCUAAUCGUUGCAUGAACUUACUUAAUGACAAUGUCAUGUCAUACUACAGAACUGUGUUGAAGAAAAGACAGAAACAGACAACUUUAGACCAGUUUUUAUUUCCGAAAAGGCCGAGACCUAGUGAGCCAGAAGCAGGUCCUAGUGGGCUACAGCCUCUCCCAAGGAGAGAAAUGACACCAGAGAGCCAGAGUCCUGAUGUUCUUAUGGAAGGGGGCUCUCCUUCCAAACAAUAA